CGGUCAGUCAAGGUCGUGGUAACGUCGCGUUGCGCAUUCUUUGCGUUUUAUUUUCGUCUAAAGUGCGUCGCGUGAGCGAAUGAAUACCGGGAGGACAAGGUAUCAGACGAUGGUCGUAUUAAUUAAUUAGUAUCGCGUUAAUUCGCGCUCGUUAAGAGUAUCUUUCGUAUUCGCGAGUGCGAGUGCUCGGGAAAGUGAAUCGUCGAAGAGGCAAUGAUCAGAAGUUGGCGCCGGUCGAGCAUCUUUAUCGCAGCGCCCAUGACCCAUGACGUACCCAGUUGAUAAAUGCACUCCACGGGCAAUGGCACGAUGGUCAACGGUGCUAUCCGGGGUAUUCUUGGCUCUUUCCAUGGUCCUCUCCCUGGGGAAGCUGUUAAUGCUCGCCGCAGGGACUGGAAGCAAUGGGGAACUCACGGAGGCGGACCAGUGGCUCGCCGAGAUCGGCCUCGCCAAAUAUCGUCCGCUCUUUAGGAACAAAGGCAUCUCGACCCUCGCGAGUUGCGGUGAGGUCGAUGCGCUUCCCGAGCUUCCGGCUCAGGAUGAAGAACGUCUGCAGCGCGCCGCGCGUCUGCUGCAGCAGAGACUGGUGCUACGUCAAUGGUUGACGGAUCAUGGCCUACACAAUUAUUAUCAAAAGUUGAUGCAGAUGGAGGUGAUGUCCCUGGAGGAUGUAUACUGGGUGGAGGACAAUGCGGCACGAGCAGCCCUUGGCAAGGAUCUACCGCGAUGGAUGCAGGCCAGGCAGACGUUGCCUACUUCAAAGGAAGAUUUAGAAACUCUAAAAGCGGAUCUGUGGAGUGCCGUUGUGAAGAACAGCCAACAUCAGGACGCUUGGACAUGGGGCGGUAUGCUGGUAGUUUCCGUAUCGGUGGCAGGGCUGGUUACCCUGGCUGCUAUGACGCAGCCCGCUCUGGCACCCGAAGCAAAACAUUCUCUUCUGCAAUACGUCACAGGAAAAUAUUUAUUGCCGAGUAACUGCCGCGUUCAUUUCGAGUGGGAAGAGCCUCAGCUGGUCGGCGAAACGAUGACUUUUACUGUAAAAUUUUAUCAGCGUAACGGUCAACCAUAUCCGAUAUGCGACAAGGAUAAUUUGAUCGUAGAAGUGACGGAAGAUACACGCAGAGUAGCUACGUUAAUAGAACUGGGAGGCACCGACCCCUUAGCUGCGAAUACUGCAGUAGUCAAGUUUACUGUCCGCCAUGCGGGACAAUAUCGAAUAGCUGUACUUAUCGGAUCGUGUCAUGUUCAUGGCAGCCCGUUUCUUAAGAAUUUUCUUCCUGGCCCCCCGGAUCCAAAUAAGACGGUCUUUGUACGACAAAGUUCUACGGUCGUUUGUACAGCCGGAAUAGCGCAUUCGAUGACAAUAGAACCACGCGACGAAUAUGACAAUCUGUGCAUAUUUGGGCCUAAGGAUCAACCCACUGAAGGCUAUAAUAUUAAUAUUACUCAGAUCGGUAGUAUAGGAGAUAAAGGAUCGAUGGUAGACUGCAGUAUUCAACUAGACUACGAUUCUCCAAACCAAAGAAUUCGUUUGAAAGUAAGCUUUCCGAAAGGCGGAUGUUAUCACGCGACUGUCAGUUUAGCUGGAUUGCAAUUGCACAAUGGAGAUUUUGAUAUCAUUGUGCUCGAGAGUUCCGUCGCGAGAAUGGUACAUAAUAACGUAGCGUCCAAGGAUCCCGAUAUUUGUUAUGUCGCGAAGCUGCUGGGCAUGCAAGGGGAGAGGUUUUCCAAACCAAAGAAAGUCUUCUGCUUUAUCUCGCCUAAGCAACUUACGAUUAAGGAAUAUUUAUUAAAAUUCAUUCCCAAAAGACUCGUAACAUUUAGACUGUGCCCUUCGACUAAGUUCCAUUUUGAAAAUUCGACUAAUCAGCACGAGGGCUAUUAUCCUUUCUCGAUAGACGAUGGAUGUCAACCACCCGUUGAAUUAAUAUCUCUGUACCGCGAUAUAAUAGCCGCUACAUUUACUCUAUUUCUUUUGAAAAACAUCGGUGGCAGUGAGACAUUCGCCGAUAAACAAGACUUUUUCUAUCACGAGGUCCGUAAGCAUCAUCAGAAGCAUUAUCACGAAAAAUUGUCGAUGAAAGUGCAGCGCGAUAAGCUUUUAGAAUCGUCUAUGAAGGCCACUAAAGGAUUUUCCGUGAGCGAGUGGUGCCGAAAUUUUGAAAUCACUUUCCAAGGCGAACAAGGCGUUGAUUGGGGUGGUGUGCGACGCGAAUGGUUCGAAUUGAUAUGCGCCGCGCUGUUCGAUCCGGGAAACGGUUUGUUCGCAUCGUUUGGAGAGUCGCAGCAGGCAUUGGUCCAUCCAAAUCCGAAACGGCCGUCGCAUCUUAAAUUGAAGCACUACGAAUUUGCUGGACGUAUCGUAGGCAAGUGUCUUUACGAGUCGGCACUCGGCGGCUCUUAUCGUCAAUUAGUACGAGCGCGAUUCACCAGAUCAUUCCUGGCGCAGAUUAUAGGACUUCGAGUACAUUACAAGUACUUUGAGCAAGACGACCCUGAUUUGUAUUUAAGUAAAGUGAAGUACAUUCUCGAGAAUGAUGUUGAGGAAAUGGAAUUAUAUUUCGUUGAAGAGGAAUAUGAUAAGGAUGGUCAAUUGUUGAAGGUAGCGGAAUUAAUUCCUGGUGGUAGUAAGAUCCGAGUGACCAAUGACACGAAGCUUCGUUAUCUGGACGCGCUCGCUCAGCACCGGCUUGCCAGUUCCAUUCGCAACGAAGUCGAUCAUUUCUUACGCGGUCUCAACGAAUUGAUUCCCGAUAAUCUUUUAGGAAUAUUCGACGAAAAUGAAUUGGAGUUGCUGUUAUGCGGAACCGGCGAAUACAGCGUAGCGGAUUUGCGCGCGCAUCACAUAGCUAACGGAAGUUCUCCGGAAUUUCUUCGAGUGCUCGACUGGUUCUGGACGGCAGUGAGCAAUUUUACGCAGGAGGAGAUGGCGCGGUUACUCCAGUUUACCACGGGCUGCUCGCAAUUGCCACCCGGUGGAUUUCAACAAUUGAGUCCACGUUUCCAGAUUACAGCUGCGCCAACGUUUGCUAACUUACCCACGGCACAUACUUGCUUUAAUCAACUUUGCUUACCCGACUACGAGUGCUACGAUCACUUUGAACGAGCAUUGCUAUUGGCCAUCAGCGAGGGUACCGAAGGUUUCGGCAUGAUCUAAUCAAGAAUCCGCUAAAUUUUUAGUCGAGUCUAAUUAAAACAGCACUGUGUUAUUAUAUCAACAAAUAUGUAUCCAUCUUUCCUCUGAUGAUAAAAAUCCACGCGUCCUCUUUCGCGAAAAAUAAGUCCUGUCACAUGAAUUUGUCUCCUCAGUAACUUCCUUGCCGUUGACGAGGUUGAGAAGAAAGGAUAGUAACUUUGUCGCACGUUUUGUAUAUGUAAACGGUUAGAGAGAAAUCUUUUUAGAAUAAUCUUUCUUCAAUUUUACGCCGAAGACUAUCAAGAACAAUCUAAUCUUCCGACGAGUAUGGAGAAUGCAAUUUCUACUGAACCGCGGCGACAUUUUUAUAAAAUGGAAGAUAUCCAGAGCAAGAGCAAUGUUACCUCAACAUCAAAGUUGCUCAAUAUUAUUAUAUCGAGACGUAGCAUAGUUAUAGGUUUUGCGUUAUGUGAACGUAAAGAGAAUUACAUUAAUACGUUCCUCGUACGACGAUGUAGUUAACGUCGCUGUAUAAUGACAUACGAUAGAACAAAUCAAAAUACACAUAUAUAACUUUUCCUUUCUUCGCAGGUAUGCAUUAUAUGUAAGGACAGAUCAACGCAUUUGAUGAAGGGAUCAUCAUAGCAGUGUAUAACGUUCCAUUUAUCAGUAUUUCUUUUUUUUUUUUUUUGCAACACGUUUUUGUCAAAUGGCGCACAAUAUGUGAUUUUAAAACGACUUAAAAACGA